AUGACGGAAGAAAAGGGUCGAAGAAACACGUUUCCGCCUCCGGAUCCCCCGCACAAGACGAAACACUACAAGUUGGAGAGUGCUGCACGGCACGCGGCUACGACGGAGGCGGGGGAGGAGGAUGAGGAGGAGAGAGGAUAUUCAACGUUUGGAGACUGGCCAGCUUUGCUAACGAGAUGGCCUAUCGGAAAGUGGUCGCGACUGUUAAGCCCCUUGUCGUCGGGGUCGUCUCGGCAGGACCAGGCCAAGGACCCUGCAAAACGACUGCAUCGCUUCGAGAAGGAAUAUGGGACUCUGCUGGCCACAUGGCGAAGCUCGCCCAACCUCGUUCGCGAUAGCGACGCCGCCGAGACGCUCGAGAUCCGACUACAAGAGCUGACCAACAUCCUCAGCGACGAGUCACGGCGACCGCUGCCACACCCGUGCAUCCAGUACGCGUCGAUGCGUCAAAUAUACGUGCCGAUCGGCAAGAUCGCGACGACGUCGUACAACGAGUGGAUCAUCAAGGAGGCGGUGCUCUUCUUCGCGACGCUGAUCGAGAGCGAGGAGGAGGCGUUCGUCGAGAACCCGGCCUUUUCGGCGAGCCUGACGAACCUGCUGGUGCGCAUCACGGGGGUCAACAGCGUGCGGCUGGGGCUGGACACGGAGUCGCGCGUGGUCGAGCUGGCCUUCAACAUCACGACCAAGAUCCGCCUGGACCCGGACGUGCUGCCGGCGUGGUUCAAGGCCGGCCAGGCGGCGGCGCAGUUCGCGAGCGAGCGCGGGCAGGACGUGCAGGACCGGUUCGCGGGCCGCUCGCAGCGCGCCGACUUCCCGCUGUUCUACAUCCUGAUGGACUACAUACACCACGAGGGCAAGGUGGGCGACUUUGCGCGCACGGGACUGCUGUACAUCAUCGAGGCCGCGUCGCACUCGGCGGCGCUGGAGCAGUGGAUCGUGGAGAGCGACCUGUCGACGCUGAUGGCGACGGGGCUGGGCGCGCUGUACAGCCAGCUCAGCCGGAAGCUGGUGAUUGACCAUCUGCCGCACGACUUGCCCCCGAUCCUCGCCCUCUCCGACUACGAGCACCCGACGUCCAACUACGAGAUUGUGAGCUCGUGCGCGCCCGAGUUCCAGUCACACAUCGAGACCUUCCUGUCGCACUUGCUCUUCUGGCAGGAUGUCCUGAACCACUGCAGGUCGGUCGAGGUCAAGUCGACGCUGCUGGAGCACUUUCAGGUUAUUUUCCUGCAGCAACUAUUAUACCCCUCACUACUGGAGUCGUCGGAUAUUGACGGCGGCUCAUCGGUUGCGGUGCUGACGUAUCUGCGCCGCAUCCUCGAGUCUCUCGACCACCCCGACAUGAUCAACCUCAUCCUCCAUUACCUUUUAGCUCUGCCUGACAACAGCGGAUCGGCUAGGACCACGCCACUGGGGCCAAAAGUAAGCGCGGCGCGGCGCCGCAAGUCGAUGGACCUGGCCACCAUGAUGGCGUCCAAGACGGACCUGACGGUGACGCCGAUCCUCUUCAACCUGGUCGACCUCAUCCUCGCGUGUCUGCGCUCGUGCAACCAGCAGACGAUCCACGUCACGCUGCAGCUGGUGUCGGCGAUCCUGAAGCGGCACCACCGCUACGCCAUCAUCACGCUGCUCAAGACGGAGGUGCUGCCGAGCAGGACGGUGAACCGGACCGUCGGCGCGCACGAGCAGGAGAUUGAGUACCUGAUGGACCUGGCGAGCGCGAUCGGUGGCUACGGCGACUUUGAUGACACGUACGAGAACGUGCUGCGAGACACCAUGGUGCGCCUCGAGAGCCACCCGUGCUCGCUGAAGCUCGUGGCGCCCAAGGUCUCGACCAAUAACCACAGGCUGCCGGCCAUACCGGACAGCCUGCCCGGAGCGCCGCGCGACGUCCGCGAGCACACGCUGCGCAUGGACGACCCGCUGCUGAAUUCUGUACUGGAUCUGCUGGAUAGCUUCUUCAUGAACCCCGUUGAGACGAAUCUCUCCGUGACUGAGACGAUUGUUGACUUGGCAGUCUGUGGAUACAUGAGUAUCGAGGGCUGGCUGGCCCGUAGUCCAUCAACAUACGACUACGGAGACGACGACGAAGAUGACGGCAACACGACCGCCGACUUCACGUCCACAACUGCGAGCGAGAUCGGGGGCGCCCAGCGUGAGUCUUCCGGAGAACCCGACGCGAAGGAAACUUCAGGCUCCUUUGAGUCGUCAGAGGAGGCCAAGCUCCUCAAGGCCAUGGAGCGAUGCCGGAAGCGCCCAGUCUGGAACAGCGAGUCGUUGCCGCGCAUCCUCAACAUGCUCAAACGGCUGUGCGACCAGGUCAGCAACUACAAGACGAGCAUUCCACGCUUCAACGAGCUGCUCCAGCAGCGCCGCGACGCGUUCCACACCGCCGACUCGAUCCUGGACACCCCAGCGCCGCCGCCGCCACCACCACCACCAUCUACCGUGCCACCUCCACCUAUUCGCAAAGGCUCGCCCGUGCCGAUGACUCCCGAUCGUCCCGGCAACCUGGACGAGAUUAUCCGCAGCAACUCGCCGUCGAAGCCGUCCACCCUGGAGGGACUGGCGCAGCGGCUACUCUCAGAGCUGGGCACGCCGAGUCGAUCCGCAAGUCCGCGCGCGGCGAAGAAGGACCAUCCCGGCCGAGGCUCGCCGUCGGGUACUAGUACGCCCGGCGGUGGCUCCGUCAGCGGGGACCAGCUCGCCGUGCCGCGCGCCGUGCGCCCACCGCCACCUCCACCGCCUAGAGACUAUCCGUCGCCGUACGCAGCGGCGACUCUGGAGCGCAGCAUCUCGCCGAGCAACGGCGGGAUCGGGGCGCGUACCCCGCUUGCGGACCGUGAGGGCAUCAGCGCCAGCCAGACGGCCGACUACGCGGCGAUGGACCAGAGCAUCCUGGCGAAGCGCGUGGGCCUGCCGCCGGACGCGUCGGUGAAGCCGAUCCCGCUGGACCUGACGUACCGGCCGCCGCCGGAGUCAAACUCGGACGACGAGGACGAGGAUGACGAUGGCUGUUUCGGGGACGGGGACGAGGAUGAUGAUGAUGGGGUGAUUGCGCCGGACGAGUCGGAGACGGGCAGCGUGCUGGACGACGGGGCGUACGCGAACGUGUCGGUGUCGCAUGUGCUGACGAACGUCAUCAUCUUUCAGAGUUUCUUGAUGGAGUUGGCGAGUCUGAUGCAGGUCCGCGCGGGGUUGUUCGACGAGGUGCGGUUCGUGUAG